CUGUAACUAUAUAAUGAAAAGAAAUAGAAACAGAAAAUGGCUGAUCGGUGUCACAUGUGUCUGCUGCAACUGAUCAUUCUCUGUCCACUUCUGACAGGUACCAGUGGAGCAGAAGUGUUCAGCAGUUCUGGUGAAAGUGUCAGUCUGCCCUGUAAUAACGCUCUUUCUGACUGCACAUCAAAUACAUGGAGCUAUAAUAAUAACAAACAUUCAGAGACCGUUGAACUGAUUGCUGGAGGGAGAAAGAAUAACAUAGAGAGACGCGAGAGGCUGAGUGUGGGGUCUGACUGCUCUCUGAACAUCAAGAAAGUCACACAUGAAGAUUAUGGGCUUUACACCUGCCGACAAUAUGUGAAUGGACAACAACAAGGAACUGAUGCACCCGUUAAUCUGCAUGUUCUUCAUAUCUUUUCAUCAUCCUCAGAGACUGAGAUCAGAUCAUCAGGCUCUGUGACUCUCUCCUGUCAGUUGUAUUUAUAUAGAGUCUCUUGUGAUACUUUGGUCCGUUCGGAGGGACUUCAGCUGAUCUGGGUGAAUCAGGCUGGUGUGAAUCUGCUGACAGACUCCAGAUAUCAGAUAUCAUUCUCAACAUCAUACUGUAAAAGCUCUCUGACUACAAAACUCCUAAAUGAAGAUCCCAACAGAGAGUUUAGAUGUCAGGUUACUCAGAGUAAUCAACUGAAGACCUCAGCCACAUACACUGUCAAGAUUUCAGCUCCAGUGGAUUCAACAACAAUGACUACAGUCAGCAACUCAAACUAUGAGAAGAAAUCAAGCAGAACUACAGCAGCAGCAGAUUUGACACAAGGUCCAGCUAACACAACAUCAGAUAAUGAAGUCUGUAUGGCUGCUGGAUCAAUAUUCAGAGAGAUUGUAAAUAUAUUUAAGAUUGCAGCGUUUACUGCUCCGACUGUGAUUCUUCUUCAGAUCAUCUGUGCAAGAAGAGCUGGGAGGAAGGACUUACACCACCCAGAGGAAAUAGAGAUGCCUACAGUAUUAGAAUAAAACACACUUUACAAACAACAGGCAAGAUUUAUUUUCCAGUGCUCCAUAUACAAA